CUUGAUUCCUUUAAAGUAUUUGACGGAUCAGGAGGCAUCUGUCCCACCCAAGCAAGCCAAGCUCCACCUGACCGAUUUCCAGUGCUAACAUUGGCUUUGCCUUCGUUAAUUGAAAUUGAGUAGCAAAAUUUCCUAGUUACCCAACAAUGUCCGAUUUAGAAGUGGAUCCCCCGCAUCAGCAGCAGCAGCAGCAGUUGGCGAUGACCCCGAGAAGGGGACGCCACAGCGGGCGACGAGGGGGGGGCUGUCUAGCGGCGCAUCCCUCCGCCCAGGAGGCCGUACCUCAGGCAGCGUCGCCCUCGUCGCCAUCAUCGUCUACAACGGCACGGGUCUGUCCGCUUAUCGAGGGCGUCGAGGACAACUGGACGUGGAGUAAGCGUCACCGUUCCAAAGAGGUGGUACUCAGUGGCCCCAACUCUCGUACCGUUCACUUCCACCCCAACUGGAGCAAGGGCACUGCCGGUGUACAGGGCAAGCGACCGCUGAACAAUGGCCGCCACUAUUGGGAGCUUCAUGUCUCCCAACGUGUUUUCGGGACGUCCAUUAUGUUUGGGAUCGGGACCAAGUCAGCUCGCCUUCAUGCCAACGCCUUUCGCAACAUGCUCGGGGAGAACGAGCACGGGUGGGGGCUCUCCCAUAAGGGAGUCCUCUGGCACAAGGGUGUGGCCCUGCUCUAUACGAAACGCUUCCGCGAGAACCAUCCCACCCAAAUUGGAGUGCUCUUUGACGGGAUCGAGGGCACUCUUACCUACUACAAGGACGGCAAGUGCCUGGGUGUAGCUUUCCGAGGAUUGAACCAGAUUGAGGAGCCACUGUAUCCCAUUGUCUGCUCCACGGCAGCCAAAACAGAGAUGACUUUGAAGUGCACCCGACGCGAGUUUGUCAGCCUCCAGGAUCGAUGUCGAGCAGUGAUUAUGCGUCGUGUCCGAAGUGCGUCGCGGCUGGAAAAGCUGAAGCUACCGCUGCCAAUCAGUGACUAUCUCAGCGAGGUCAUCGACGAGAUGGAGCCGCUUCGUCAGGUGAACCAACUGGAGAUGUGCAUACUAAAUUAUGAUUUAUAAGCGGCCCGUGAAUCAAUAUCGUUGUGCCAUCAAGCACAGAGCGCAGAUGCAAUCGGAUACGAUGCGAUGCCUCUGGAAUGUGUAAAUUUUUCUCAACGUAUUUGUAAAAAAGUGCUUUGUGAACUAUAUGUAUUGUUAAGCAA